ACUGCCAAAGACCCCAACCCUCCCCUCGCCCCCAACCAAAGAAAACCUUGCAUCUCCCACCUCCGCCUCGGCAGGCACUGCCUAUCUCCUCUCCCCUCCCUCCCUCCUCGAUCCCAAGGCGAGAGCCAGGGAACCCGCGACGACCGCGCGCACGAGCCGUUGCAGUGAGUGACCUCGCAACCCGCGCGCGCGAGAGGGGAGAUCGAGCAGAAGGGGCCGGGACCCGACGAGCCGAGGACUCGAGGCCAUGAAGUACGUGCUGGUGACCGGCGGCGUGGUGAGCGGGCUGGGCAAGGGCGUGACGGCCAGCAGCAUCGGCGUCCUGCUCAAGGCCUGCGGCCUCCGCGUCACCUCCAUCAAGAUCGAUCCAUACCUCAACACCGAUGCAGGAACCAUGUCUCCGUUCGAGCAUGGCGAAGUGUUUGUUUUGGACGACGGUGGUGAGGUGGACUUGGACCUUGGAAACUAUGAACGGUUUCUGGACAUCAAGUUGACUCGUGACAACAACAUAACCACGGGAAAGAUCUACCAGUCUGUUAUUGACAAAGAACGUAGAGGAGAUUACCUGGGAAAAACUGUUCAGGUUGUGCCACACAUCACAGAUGAAAUACAAGAGUGGAUUGAACGUGUCGCAAUGAAUCCAGUUGAUGGCACAGAAGAGCCAGCUGAUGUCUGUGUCAUAGAACUUGGUGGCACAAUCGGAGAUAAAAUAUUUUCGCCGCAUAACAACAGUGGCAUUCUUGAUGCAGGAGACAUUGAAUCAAUGCCUUUCAUUGAAGCAUUAGGCCAAUUUUCAUAUCGUGUUGGGCCUGGAAACUUUUGCUUGGUGCAUGUCAGUCUUGUACCAGUUCUAAAUGUAGUUGGUGAGCAGAAAACGAAGCCUACCCAACAUAGUGUCCGAGGACUAAGAGGACUUGGACUCAUUCCUGAUAUUUUGGCAUGUCGCAGUACACAGCCACUUGAAGAGCAUGUGAAGGUGAAGCUUGCGCAAUUUUGCCAUGUCCCGAUACCAAAUAUCAUUAAUCUCCAUGAUGUCACGAACAUUUGGCAUAUCCCUUUGUUGCUCAGGGAUCAGAAGGCCCAUGAAGCUAUUCUGAAAGUUUUAGACCUUCAGUGUGUGGGAAAAAUUCCUCGAGAACCCAAAUUGGCCGAAUGGACUGAUAGAGCCAGCAAAUGUGACAAAUGUCAAACUCCAGUUAGGAUUGCUAUGGUUGGAAAAUAUACUGGUCUAUCGGAUUCAUACCUGUCUGUUUUAAAGGCUCUUUUGCAUGCAUCAGUUGCUUUGAACAGGAAACUUGUGGUGGAUUGGGUUCCUUCCUGUGAUCUUGAAGAUUCUACUGCAGAAGAGACUCCUGACGCCUAUGAAAAAGCAUGGAAGUCGCUGAAGGGUGCAGAUGGUGUGCUGGUGCCAGGAGGUUUUGGAGACAGAGGAGUCCAAGGGAAAAUUUUGGCCGCAAAAUAUGCACGUGAAAACAACGUUCCGUAUCUCGGCAUUUGCUUGGGCAUGCAAAUUGCAGUGAUUGAGUUUGCACGUUCUAUCAUGAAAUUGAAUGGUGCUAACAGCACAGAAUUCGAUCCAAGCACAAAAACACCAUGCGUUAUUUUCAUGCCUGAGGGAUCCAAAACCCAUAUGGGUGCAACAAUGCGCCUUGGAUCAAGGAGAACCUAUUUUCAGGUCAAUAAAUGCAAAUCUGCAAAGCUGUAUGGCAAUGCUAGCUAUGUUGAUGAAAGGCACCGCCACAGAUAUGAGGUAAAUCCUGAUAUGGUCCCAGAAUUUGAGAAGGCAGGGCUUUCUUUUGUUGGUAGGGACGAAAGUGGGAGACGAAUGGAGAUCAUUGAACUGCCAACUCAUAGGUUCUUUGUCGGCGCACAAUUUCAUCCUGAAUUCAAGUCAAGGCCUGGCAAACCAUCUCCGCUUUUCCUGGGAUUGAUAGCAGCAGCAUCGGGUCAGCUUGAUCACCUGCUUCAACGCCCCUGCGGCGUUUUCAGUCCGACAGGCAGAUGCAUCUGUUUUCCCAACGCCAACGGACCUCAGAGGCUAAAAGUGCAGAACGGGCGCGUCAUAAAGCAACUGAAGGGCCUGGUGAACGGGCCCUAUCCAGCAACCGGCAACGGCGCCAUUCCCAUCUAGGCACAACGCUGCAAGGCGCCAGGUGUUUGUUUGAGAUUCCCCGCGUUUCUGCUUGUUCUUUUUUUUUCUUUCCCCCUUCGCACGCGUUCUUCAAUUCGACCAGUCCAACUAAAGAAAAGGGCUGUUUGCUCCAGCGACACGGCGAGCCGGUUCCGAUGUUUUAAAGGAAGCAUGUGGCGUACAAGCUGUCGCGUUGAGAGGCAAAUUUAGCAGGUUAGCUAGGGUUUGAUUAGUAGUGGUUAUCUGAUAUGCUGGCUUAUUCAGUUUGUUCGUUUGUCUGCUAAGGUUAUUUCAAGGGCCGGUGAUGUGCAGCUAGCUGUAGUGGAGCCUGCCAUCUCGCCUGAUUGUACAUUGUAAAACAACUGCUACUCUCCAUGUACUGAAUCGGGAUGAGUAUAAGAAAAAUGUUAUGGGACCAA